AUUCUAUUGUCUUCUCUUCUCCCUCACCAAAAAAACAUUCUCUUUCAUAAAAAUGAAUUUUCAGUAGUAGAUAUGUCCACCAAAGGGAAAGACAUGGCAGAAGGAUCAUCUAGAUCCUCUGCUUCCGGUGCGGGUGCUGAUGCUGAUGCUCGUGUUCGUGCUGUUGAUGAUGAUCAACAACAACAAAAACAGUUGCCACUAAGCAGAUAUGAGUCUCAGAAGAAGAGAGACUGGAACACUUUUGGACAGUACUUGAGGAAUCAAAGGCCACCUGUGGCACUUUCACAGUGCAAUUCAAAUCAUGUGCUUGAAUUUCUAAGGUACUUGGAUCAGUUUGGGAAAACCAAAGUGCACUCACAAGGGUGUCUCUUCUUUGGACAAACGGAGCCACCUGGACCCUGCACCUGCCCUCUCAAACAAGCGUGGGGAAGCCUCGACGCGCUCAUCGGAAGGUUACGAGCUGCCUACGAAGAAAACGGAGGUUUGCCGGAGACUAAUCCCUUCGCCAGCGGUUCCAUUAGAGUCCAUCUACAUGAGGUGAGGGACUUCCAAGCCAAAGCUAGAGGAAUCCCUUAUAAGAAGAAAAAGAAGAAGAGGAAUGUUAUCAAUCACAAUGGAGACUCCUCAUCAAACUUACCUAUGCCGCCGUGACAUUAGUUUACUGCUAUUUCUGAUUCAUUUCAGAUCCCGAAGUCCUAAGUUGCUAGGCCAUUGGAUUCAGCUGCAGUUCUGGAAUUCUGAGUUAUAUCUAGUUUAUCCUUGGGUCCAUUUUGAUCCUCCAUUGUUUUUAUGACUCAAAGGAGAGUAUUUUGCUAUUUGAAUGAGUUAGAAGGAAGUUGCCGAAGGAUGUGAUUUAACAUAUUGGGUUAAGUCCUUGUACUGUAUUCAGUCACCUUUAUGAAUUGAAGUGAUUGAACUCAUAAAUAAUAUGGUUGAAAUAACAUUCAUAAAUAUUCUCCUAUGUAGGAGUAUGUAUUA